GACAUGGAAAACAGGCUGGAUAGUGGCACUCGAGGACCAGAGUUGCUGACCCCUGGCCUAAUGGAUUAAAAAGCGGCAGGCUAGCAGCCGGGUAUGGCAGACACGCGUGUGGUUGAGACGCUUCUCCAGCGUCUUGAAAAGGCGGACGACGGCGUGGAAAGUCUAAACGUGGCAUGUAGCCUCGGAGUGGACCACCAGGUCAUCGUGGGUGCCGUGAAGAGUCUGCAGUCUCUUGGCGAUAUAAUCUCAGCUGAGCUCCGCUCCUCCAAACACUGGGAGCUGACAGAGGAGGGCAGGGAGAUUGCUGAGCAAGGUAGCCAGGAAGCCAGGGUCUUCAACUCUGUCCCGCUGGAGGGUCUUUCCCAAAGUGACCUAAUGAAAUUUUCCUAUGGAAAGAUUGGCUUCAGUAAGGCCAUGUCCAAUAAGUGGAUCCGAUUGGACAAAGGACACGAAGGCGGACCCAGGAUAUUCAGAUCCGUGGAGAAUAUUGAGGAUCAGGUUAGAGAGAAACUGCUUAUAGUUCAGAAAGGUGUCUCUUCAAACCUGGAAGAGAAAGAAAAAAAUGAGCUAAAGAAGCGAAAACUUCUUGCUGAAGUGACGGUUAAGUCCUAUUGGAUCACAAAAGGCAACACUUUCAGCACCACUGUCACCAAACAGGAGACUGAGCUCACUCCUGAGAUGAUUGCCACUGGCAGUUGGAAAGAGAAGAAUUUCAAACCGUACAACUUCAAUGCACUGGGUGUGGCACCAGACUCUGGUCACUUGCACCCAUUGAUGAAGGUGCGAACACAGUUCAGACAGAUUUUCCUGGAGAUGGGUUUCACUGAGAUGCCAACCAACAACUUCAUCGAGAGCUCUUUCUGGAACUUUGAUUCCCUUUUUCAGCCGCAGCAGCACCCAGCCCGAGACCAACAUGACACUUUCUUCCUGUCCGACCCUGCUCUCGCCCACGAGUUUCCACAGGACUACUUGGAGAGAGUGAAGAGCGUCCACUCUGAGGGAGGAUAUGGUUCGCAAGGGUAUAAAUGCGAAUGGAAGCUUGAGGAGGCCCAGAAAAAUAUCCUCCGCACACACACUACAGCAGUCAGCGCACGCAUGCUAUAUAAACUUGCACAACAGGAAAAGUUCACCCCUGUCAAAUACUUCUCCAUCGACCGGGUGUUCAGGAAUGAGACCUUAGACGCCACCCAUCUGGCCGAGUUCCACCAGAUAGAGGGGGUUGUGGCUGACUAUGGCCUGACCUUAGGAGACCUCAUGGGUGUCCUGCAUCAGUUCUUCACCAAAUUAGGAAUCACCAAGCUGCGUUUCAAACCUGCCUACAACCCCUACACAGAACCCAGUAUGGAGGUGUUCAGCUAUCAUGAAGGGUUAAAAAAGUGGGUGGAAGUUGGUAACUCUGGUGUCUUCAGACCGGAGAUGCUGUUGCCUAUGGGUCUUCCUGAGGACGUGUCUGUUAUUGCAUGGGGGCUGUCGCUAGAAAGACCCACCAUGAUUAAAUAUGGCAUAAACAACAUCAGAGAGCUUGUUGGACACAAGGUCAACUUACAAAUGGUCUAUGACAGUCCCAUUUGUCGACUGGACUCCUGAGUUUGGUACAGAGGACCAUUUUUUAAAAAUUUUGGAUCCGCUUUCUCUGUAGCCAUAAGUACAAUGCUAUUUUAUGGCAUUUUAAAAUCAUGUGAGAGGAUUUUGUAUGCAAUUGAAAUGAUACAAAAAAAAUCAUGUGAGAGGAUUUUGUAUGCAAUUGAAAUGAUACAAAACAUCAGUCUUGUUACCAACACCAUUAUAUGUUUAAAAAAAAAAAAAAAAAAGGACUAAAUCUGGGAUUGAAUUUGAAAGAUGAAAUAAACAUUUUUCAAACUGUAAAACUCCCCCACUUCUUUCAGUAUUCCGGAGUUGCAUGUAACGCUAAAGUAAGACAAAGUGUCUAAAAUAGUUGACUCUAAAAGAAAAAAGGUUAUUAAGAUGUUUAAAAAAUGGAUUUGGACAAUGUUGCGGUCAGCAAUGUCGCUAAACAGAACAGUUUAUUGACCAUCAAAAUGGAAGACGAUUCAUUAGCAAAUCGAUUAGUCAAUCAUGACAGCCCUAGUUUACCGGCCAUUGACAGUGCUGGACGUCCGAUCCAUUUUGACUAGGAAAGGCGAAUGAACAAAUGUUGUUUGGCCCUCUUAGUCAAAAUGGAUUGGAUGUAUAGCGCCGUCAGUGGCAGCCAGAUGAUGUCUAAUAAAUAAAUAUUUAUUUAUUAGACAUCUACAAUGUGACCCGCGACAAAGACAAGUUUGACAUGUGUUUUAUCUGCUGAAGUUACCACCACCGUAGCACUUCUAUUGCUAGCAACUAGUCAUGUUAAUUAUCCUCCCACUUCAGAUGGAUUUGAUGUCUCUUACUGCCUGUGGCUGGAAACCAAUUAGUCUUUAUUUGCAUCUGGAUCAAUAUGGAAACAAAUUACCCCGACAUUCACCAUGAUCUUUCAGUAAGUCA